AUGCGCUCGCUGCACGGACAAGAUGCGGUUGCAGGCGCCGUGGUUGCCAUGGGAAACGCCGGUGUCGCGUCGUCGGAGACAGGCCAACUGGACAUCCGUCCAAGAAGCCUUCCGAAGGAGUACGGGAGCAGCUGGUCCCCGCCGAUGCCGAAUGUGGUGCUUCGUCUCUCAGAGGGUCUGCGCAGACUCUACCAUGUCUCGGUUAAGCGUCGACCCACCGUGGAAUGGCACGGUGGUGAAAAUCGUCACGGUUUCGAGAACUCGAAUGCGCUUUCUGCCUCAUCAGACGGCCUGGUGGCCACGUCGAAGGAACCCUGGUUCACGGAGUACCUGCGUGGCGUCAGCAUGGAGCUCUACUCGGCUGGAUUCUCCUCGGCCUUCGAGGGAAUGACCUUCGUUGAAGCGGCCAAGGUCUGCAUGAAGCGACUGGAACUCGUGCUGAUCGCCAUCUUGGCCCAAAGCACUGAGGGUGAGGAAACGGAAAACGUCGGCCAGUAUCCAUUUCUGGCGAUAAAUCCACCCAAUUCGCGACACUCCAUCAUCAGAGAGGGGACCAUCGGCUUCUUUAUUUGCGACUCUCAGGAGAUUGCAACUCGCGCCACGAACUACUGCCUCCGUUGUCAUAGGAACGUCACCACCUACGACCAAAUUCGCAGAUGCGGCUGCCGAAGCCACGGACUCCGUGAUAAGAUACGCAGCCUCCGCGAUCGGAUCUCCGCCGAGAUCACCGACGGAAGCAGGGCGAGUAGCCGACUAACUCCCCAGUCGCCGUUUGGGAUUGGUCAGUCGAAUGAGUACCUUCGGCCUACUGAAACCCCCUGCUUCCUCCCCACACCCACUGCCUCCGCGUCUCCACCUAAAUUCGAGACGUCGACUACGGAUCUACAACAACUCGUGCACGAUGGCAGCGCUAUCGACAUCACUGGCGUUUAUCACUGGUGUCCGAAGCGCAGCCUUGCAUCGUGCGUUUUACCAAACAAUCACAGCAUCGAAACCACCAUGUCUGAUGAAGCCGCCAGCAAGAGUCUGCGCAACCACAUUCUCGUGUGUCUAUUGGCUGGGAACAAGGCGCCACAACUUGGACUGCGUUCCUUCAUUCUGCCACUGAGGGCCAGCAACAUCGGCGUCCAGGACCUCCGACCAAUCGUCUUUCUCUCCUCCUACGCCGCGGUCUCGGAGGAGUGGCAUGAAAUGGAGAACUUUCCCAACGUCUACCUUCUUCCCGGGUCGCCUCUGAACCGUCGAGACUUGUGGGCGGCGAGGAUCCAGCUGUGCUCUGUUUGCGUGGUUAUUGGAGUGGCGGAAAACCUGCAGGUGGACGAUCCCUACAUGCUUGACAAGGAGGCCAUUCUGUGCUCGUUGAAUAUUCGCGCGCUCAAGAUACCACCGUCUCUACGACAGUCGGUUAGUGACGACAUUGCGGCGAGAUCAAGCGGUGCGGAGAUACCGCUGUUAACCGCGCUCGCGAUGGACUCAAAUAUACACUUUCUCGACCCGGAUGAUUUCGAGGCGGACAACUCCGAGUUGGACAUCUUUCUGACGGUUCCUUUCGCACGGGGUCUGGCCUUCACGGGUUCCGUUCUCGACGCACUGGUGUCGACGGCCUACUUCGACAGGAACGCGAUGACGCUCAUUCGACACCUGGUCACCGGCGGUACCACACCAGUCUUGGAGCAGUGGGCUGCGUAUGGAGGCGAUUUCUACGACAACCUCCAGGUCACGGACAUCGGCGAAGCACACGUCAACGAAUUCCUAGAGACUCUGCGGCGCAACAAUUCAAGGCGGCCCACGAUCGCGCAGCUGAGCUUCAACGACCCGCGGCUGGCUGCGAUCAUCAACGUCGCUCCAAGUGGCUCUGCAUGUAUCACCUUUGGUGAGCUGUUCUGUCGAGCCCUCGGCGAACACGGAAUCCUCUGUCUUGGACUGUUCCGCCUCAACGCGGCGAAGUCCUCGACUUCCAACUGCAUUGCCAACAUUCAGCGAGUUGGAUCCACCUCGACGAUCACCAACAGACCCCCAGUUUCCCGCCGGCCGAGUGCCUGCAACCCUCCCGAACCCGUGAAGAUGCGGAUCCUCUUUGAGGAGAGGCAGGACCCGCCGCCGUUGAACAUCGUCGACAGACUCCAACUGCCGCUUGGACCACGCUCGGCGAAUAAUCGCUUCGUCAUCACGAGUCCCCCAUACCACUUCCCGGUGAAUGCUAGUGACCUCGUCUUCUGUCUGAUUACUUCUACGUAG